AUGCCGCGCUCAUCUGCUGCGGGUAGGAAGAACCAGAGCAAUCGUCAAGACAAUGGCAUCGUCGGCCCCGGCAAGAAAGUAACCAAGCAGAAAUCUAGCGGCCACCUCAACGGCUCGUCCGCCAACGGCGCCGCUUUCGCGGCUGCCUCCGCGCCUCUCGACCUGUCCGCCCAUCGUUCCACAAGCGACACCGCCGUCACAUCUCCUGUAGCCGGCGUCAAGGGUGUGGAUGGGUUGAAGCCGGAUGGCAAUGGCCGUGUGAUGGCAAAUGGGAAUAGCAAGGGUGUGGAUGUGGCUUCGAGCCAAGCUAACGGCGUUGUGCCGCAGAAUGGUGGCAUGGCAGGUACGGCUUCUCGGAAUGGCCCUGGAAAACGAUCUGGGUCAAACGCCUCAAUCAAUCCGCUCCAACUCGCAUCCACUAUCCUCAAGUCCUGUCCCAUGUACGACACUAUCGCCAUUUUGAUUUUUCUACUGCAACUUCCGCCGAUGGUCCUUACGCUCGUUCAAUUCCUCUUCGCAUCCUUGACCUUCAUGCCUCCCAGUGGCGCCGCUGCCGGAUCCCUGUCUGCCAAUUUCGACAUUUUCCAGGGCCCCGCCGGUACUCCUUCUUUAGGGACGAUGAUGGCCAUGGAUACCUUCUGCCUUCUCGUCUGGGGUCUCUUCAUGUGGACUUGGGCACAAAAUUUCGCAAUCGAUCUCGCCCACGUUCAGGUCGCCAUCACGCUAGGCGGCGGAGGAUCUGGAAAGAACGGCGGAGUCAAUGGGCUCUGUGUUGGAAUUGUUCUGCUUCUUCAUAUCGUUCGCAGCAAGGGCAUUCAGGAUUUUGUGGUGGGACAUCUCGUUUCCGCCAAAUUCAUCAGCCCAGAUCUACUUUCUCAAUAUUCCAGUCUCCUGCCCGCCGAAUUCCGACGCACGGAGGCAUCAACAUCUCCGAGCUGGCUGAGGAGUCUCCUCGCCGUACAUAUAUUAGCACAAGCUGGAACCGCAAUGGCACGACGUUCAAUGGCAAAGAACCGGGCUCCUGCCCCACCUCGGAGUGGGAAACGCGGAGAUACGGAGGCUUCAGCAGGCUCACAGGGUCAACCCGAUUCUGCUCUCGAGUCGGCUGCUAGUCUUUCAUCUUCUCUCGUGGGACCGGAUGGUCAAUUUGUCAAGGAUGGCAAGGAUCGGUUAACUUCCGCCAAAAAACGCAGGAGGCAAGCCAAUCAAGUCCGAAGUCGCCAACCGUUUUGGGCCGCUCUGGCCAGUACAAAGGUUACCGUCAUGCGAGAAUACGAGCAUUCACGAGCAUCUUCGAAAACAACGUGUGGUCUCACAAUGACCGAGGAGGAUCUUCAAGGUGUUUCCCUGGAUGACGGAUUGGUAUGGAUUACAGACGUGGAUAGUUCUUCGAUCAAGUUUGCUGCCGGUGAUCUUAGCGAGGAUUCCACGACAGGAAGCUCUAGCGAAGCCGGACGCUUAGAAGGUGAUGUGGAACCGUUUUAUGUUUGCGUGAACGGGGCGCUUUGGGCUACUGCGACAAUUGUGCGGGUGUCGGACUCUUCAAAGGGAAGCAUGGUGCAAUGGCGGGGCGAGGUCUGCGGUCUUGCUCCCAAUUGUGCUUACACUUGCUCCUUUGUGCGCAGCGAUACCGAUGAGGAAAUCUGCGUCAUGAGUGUCAAGACACCCACGACAGCCGACACAGAACAAACCGUUUCAGCGAUACCGACUCCCCCACAGCCGCUCUAUAGACCUUCCUCGCCCUCGACGACGCUGAAGAACUCCAUCAACAAUGCCGAAGCCAAACUGAACGAGAAGCGCUCUCGGUUGAAGAAGACGAAGAACGAUCAUAAGCUUCAAAUCUCAAGAAUCCGAAAGGAGCUAGACAAUUAUAACAACCGUCUGCAAAGCGGUACCGAUGAGAACAAACAAAAGCAGCGCUCACUUCAGUUGGAGCGAAACAUUCGCCAAACGGAGGAAGCCACCACCGCCCUUGAAGUGCAACUAGACAGUAUGGAGAAUAUUCCAGAGGAAGAAGUGGAGCAGUGGAAUGCACAAAAGGCCGACUUUGACCGGGAACUGGAGCGUUUCAAUCUGGCAAAGGAGGAGCUACAGGAGGCUCGUCUUGCUGCAGCUCAGCAAGUCUCGUCGCUGGAACAGGAACUCAAUCUGGGCAUCCAGAAGCGAGAGCGGCUCCAGGGCCGCCGGACUCGUGUCAAUGAACAGUAUGAGCGCAUAAUAUCUGCCAACGCUCAGGGGUUAAAUGAACGAGAACGUCGCGCGGCUGAGCAGUUUGCCCGAGAACAAGAUCAGGCCAAGAUGGAAGUCAACUUCCAUGAGCAAUUCGCGAGUAUCAGCCAAUCCGUGCAAGAUUUCCAACUGCGCACUGGUCAGCUUUGGCAGCAGGCUUCUGCAAUCGAGCAGUCCAUUCAGCAGCAACAGCAGCAGAUGCUCAUGGACUCCGGUCCCCUUACCCCCGAAGGAAACCUACCUGGAACCAACCCUCUGGCUGAGAUCAAUACCUCUCUUGCCAGUGGUCACACUGGCCGCUCACUGUUGGCUCUCAGCUUCCCUCCAGCCAAGCCCAGUCCUCUGCAGACUUCUUCUUCUCCAGUUCAUGCUACAGAUUCUUCGCACCCGACCAGCCCUGUUCAAGACGCGUUCAUGUCUCAGUUCCCAAAUUCUCCAUUCGGCAAUGGAAAUUCAUACUUCGCACCUGAGAUCAACCAUCGAGACCGCUCGUUCUCCAACCGUUCCACCCGCAGCAGCUUAUAUGGUUCGGAGUUCUUCGAGCCCAAUCGCUUCCCUUCUCUCCAGUUCGACUUGUCCGAUUUACUGUCUGAAAAGCAGCGACCUGGCUCGGAUACCAACAACUAUCUGUUCCAGACUGGUCGUUCUUCGCUGAGCCCUUUCCAGCGAGCAGCGAGUCGCGGUAGUGGGGUCGGAAGUGGCAGCGGCAGCGGUGGCAGCGGGAGCGGCAGUGGAAGUGGCAGUCCAAAGUCUGCACGCGAUUGA